CGUUUUUUGUGCUGGUUCGGAGCCAGUGCUUAAUCGAACCAGUUCUUUGCAUUCCGACAGAAAACAAUGGUUCCAAUUUAGCCCCAAAUUACCCCUUUUCCACCAACGUGAACCGGAAGCUAGUUUGGAGCUGGUUUAACUUGCGAAAGUUAUGUCAACACAGCCACGUCAUUACGUCAACCCAGAAUCGUCGGUGGAAAAGGGAUAAAGAAUCACGAUGUCUGAGCAGAAGGAUAUCAGAUAUUUAGUUACUGGAGGUUGCGGUUUUCUUGGUCGACACCUGUUACAAGUCCUACUUGAGAAGGAGGAUACAAUAACGGAGAUCAGGUUGUUCGACAAACACAUCGAUUUAAGUUUACAAGAUCAAAGCACAGAGCGGGUUAAGGUGGUGGUGGUCCAGGGGGACAUCACAGAUUACUCCAGCGUUGUGGAGGUGUCGCAAGGAGCAACGGUGGUCAUCCACACAGCCAGCCUGGUGGACGUAUGGCACAGAGUUCCAGAGUCUGUCAUUGAGGCCGUCAAUGUCAAAGGAACUGAGAACGUCAUCAAUGCUUGUAUAGAGAAUAGCAUUCAGCAUCUCGUCUACACUAGCAGUAUGGAAGUGGUCGGCCCAAAUGUCAAAGGGGACCCCUUUGUCAGAGGCGAUGAAGAUACGGUCUAUAAUGUGUGUCAUGAGAUGCCAUACCCCAGGAGCAAGUCUAAGGCUGAAAAACUGGUUAUUGAGGCAAAUGGCACAAAGCUUAAAGGAGGGGCAUGUUUAUACACAUGUUCCCUGCGGCCCACAGGCAUCUAUGGAGAGCAGCAUCAGCUAAUGAAGGACUUCUAUAUGAUGAGUGUACGAACAGGGGGCUUGGUGAUUCGAGGAGUUCCCCAAAACACAGAACACGGACGUGUCUAUGCAGGAAAUGUGGCCUGGAUGCAUGUUUUGGCGGCUCGUGCCCUUCGAGAGCACCCUCGCAGCCUUGCAGGAGAAGUGUAUUUUUGCUACGAUGACUCGCCGUACAAGAGCUAUGAGGAUUUCAACAUGCAGUUCUUGUCAGCAUUCAACUUCCGCCAGAUCCGUAUUCCCUUGCUGCUUUUGUGGUUUGUGGCAUACUUUAAUGAUCUGCUACGCUGGGUCCUAAAGCCUGUGCACAGCUACACGCCACUGCUUAACCGUUACACGUUGGCGGUUGCAAGCACGUCCUUCACUGUGCGCUCAGACAAGGCACAGCGUCACUUCCAGUACCAGCCGCUCUACAACUGGGACCAGUGCCGGGACCGUACUCAGAGAUGGGUCGACACCUUUCCUGUAGACUGCAUUAAAGCUGCUGUAAAGAAGAACUGAAAAUUAGUUCAUCACACCACAGAAGAAUGUGUUGGUAACUACUCAUCCAAAUUCGAAAAAAAAAGUUGGUUAAAUUAGGCUUUGAAAUCGUGAGAAAAUUAGCAGUCUUCUCUGCUUGUGACUGGGGAGGCGUGUCGCCUGAAGGAGCUGAAGCUCCGCCCCCUUGAAUUUAUUGAAUUUAGCAACAACAGCAAUGGCUAGCUAAAUCAAUUGCAGAUAUCAAAACAGACUGACCUGCACUCUCUGAGUGUUUUGUGUUAAUCACUUUGUCUUUACAUCGUACCAGCUGAGUAACAGAAUUCAGCUUAUAUAAACCGUCUGUGAUCUGAUGUAGAUAGGUGGCUGUGACGUAGAUAGGUUGGGUUUUGUCCCGCCUAAACGGUCUAACUCCACCUUUCAGUUUUAGAGCAUUGUACAUGCUUUCAGCAACUCAUCUCACAUGUACAGUAUAUAAUGUACUGAGAAGGAAAUCAUGGAAUUUGCUUUACAGCAUCUUUAAAAGACUCUUAAUCUUGACUGAUUAACAACAGACCUCCAACUGUAUACGAUAGGACCUGAGAUUGUUUUACUCUCAAAAGAAGUAUUAUCAUUUAUAGACAUUUACAAACUAAAGACUACAGCACUAUUCUCUAUAAUUGUGUCUUUGCUGUGUAAUGCAACAUGCUUCAGGUAGGCUAUUUUAUACAGUAUUGUAAAUACUGAAGACACUUUCUUGUCUUCAUAGGGAGCAUUGCAAUAUCCAUCAUGAGUCCAGUAUAGCAGAGACAUAUUAAUUAUGAGGAUUGACAUAUUUUGUUAAUUACACACCAUGAGGGUGUGUGACAGAAAUGAAGAUUUGGCUACAUUUAAAAAAAUGAUUAGAGAAAUCAUGUAUUAGAAUGAUUAAAGUAAUGUUAAUUCAAGAAAACAUUUUAACUAGCUUUGAUUGAUUUGUCAUCUAUAAAUGCCAUUACAGUAUUUGCAAUAACAUUGUAUGGUUACUUUUGAAUAAAUAUAUUAAUAUAUUGAAAACUUUUUUUCCAUUUGUUAUUAUAUUUUGGAGACGAUAAUAAAAUGGAUGUAUCCAUAGCAAA